AAAGUGCAGCUGGCAGACAUUUACUGUGAUGACUCUCUUCAGUAAUGUUCAGAGAAAUGUUAUGUUACUGUAUCCUCCUGUCAAGAAACUGUUCUCCCUCACAGGCAUAAAAGCAACUUCCUGCUCCUCCAUUACUGCUUCCUGCUCUGUGCCCCGCCCACCUGUCACUCACCUGAGCCGCACAUUCCCCUCAGAUUUGCCUCCAGGCGAAUUCCUCAGUCAGUGUCAUGGGCAACUGGUACUCCCUCAAGUGGCAGUCCGGCCUCUCCCAGUCAGUUCCAGUUGGAAGGAGAGAUGGUCACCAAUAAGAAUAUAUUAUAAAUAGAUAUAUUUAGGGGUGUGAAAAGUAGGACCCCUUCAUAGUACAUGUGUCUGUCACUGCCCCAUACUGAGGCCAUUUAUAAGAAGAAUUAUGGACCUAUGUGGAAAUCUACUCUGGGACGCUACAAAACCGUAAAUAUUGCUGAUGUCGACAUCUUGGAAACGGUACUGAGGCAGGAGGGAAAGUACCCUGUGAGGAUUGACAUGGAGGUCUGGAAAGAACAUAGACGCCAAAGAGAUCUCUCCCUGGGCCCUUUCACAGAGGAAGGCCACAAAUGGCACACCCUCCGCUCAGUGCUUAACAAGAGGAUGCUGAAGCCAGCAGAGGCCAUGCUCUACACAGGGGUGGUUAAUGAGGUGGUGACGGACUUUUUGGUCAGACUAGAAGAGAUGCGAUCAGAAACUCCAUCUGGUGAUAUGGUGAAUGAUAUACCAAAUGCACUCUACAGAUUUGCCUUUGAAGGCAUUUCCUACAUCCUGUUUGAGACCCGGAUUGGCUGUUUGGAGAAGCAAAUACCAGUGGAGACUCAGAGGUUCAUAGAUUCUAUUGGAGCCAUGUUAAAGAACUAUAUCUUUGUGACUAUUUUACCCCCAUGGACCAACAAUUUACUCCCCUACUAUAAACGUUAUAUGGACAGCUGGGACAAUAUAUUUGCAUUUGGGAAUAAGUUGAUUAAUGAGAAGAUGAAGAAAAUUGAGGCCCGACUGGAGAGGGACGAGGAGGUGCAGGGUGAAUACCUGACCUAUCUGAUCUCCAGUGGCAAACUGACCGAUAAAGAAAUUUAUGGCAGCGUGGCCGAGCUGCUGUUAGCUGGGGUCGAUACUACAUCCAACACGCUAUCCUGGGCACUGUACCACCUGGCUAGAGAACCAGAGAUUCAAAACGCCCUGUACCAAGAGGUGAUCGGAGUGGUUCCAGGGCAGAAUAUACCCACUUCUGAGGAUAUCUCCAGCAUGCCCCUGCUACGGGCUGUAAUUAAAGAGACACUACGAUUGUAUCCUGUUGUACCAACCAAUUCCCGAGUGGCUGUGGAGAAGGCCAUCACCAUUGGAGACUAUUACUUCCCAAAAGAUACACUCAUUGCUUUACAUCAUUACCAUAUAUCACGGGAUGAGAAAAACUUCCCAGAAUCAGAUAAAUUUAUCCCUCAGCGCUGGUUCCGAGAGAGUCGGGUAAAGAACAACCCCUUCAGUUCCAUUCCCUUUGGAUAUGGGGUUAGAGCCUGCGUUGGGCGCCGUAUUGCUGAGCUGGAAAUGCACAUGUGCCUGUCCCGGAUAAUAAAGAAGUACGAGGUGAGACCGGACCCUAGUGGAGCUGAAAUAAAAUCAAUGGCAAGGAUUGUGCUGACCCCUCACAAACCCAUAAACCUUCAGUUCCUGCCGAGGACCCCCUCACCGUCGGCGUGAUUAUAGUUGCCUUGUGUAGCUGUCUCUGCUUCAAGCCUCCCCUGGCAUAAGCACCUGGGUUGGACUGGCCUGCCUGAGUACCAGAGGAUCCGCAGGCCCCAGCCUAAACCUUUUCUUAUUUCUGCCAUUGGUCUAAAUGACGCCUAUUGCCUUUAUUACUGUCUCCGUCUAACUGCUGUGAGAGCAGGUUCUCUUGUGGGCCCUGGGAUGCCUAUAGAAACACCGUAGACUGGAAUCCAUGUCAGGGUACUACUAUCCCAUCUACGUGUUGCACGCUUGCACUCAGGUUAAAAUGCUGACCAUCGCAUAAUUACACAUAGGACUUAUAAAGUAACGGCUUAUAACGUAACGACUUAGGACAUAUAACCUGGUGAUUUAUUUUCAUGAGGUGCCCCAUGUAGGUGUUUUGCCUUUGCUGGUACCACAUGAAACUCAAGUAAAUAAUGGCUGGCUACCACAUAGCUUCUAUGAGGCAUUCCUAGCACUUAGUUCUGUACAUAACCUGCUUUUAUCUAUUUGCACUGUCUACAGCACUUGUGUUCCUGAAGGAGUUACGGUCUUAUUAUUUUAAUAUUUCUUUGAUAAUAGUGUCCCUGUAAGCCCCAGACUGACUGACUUUCACUUCCAGAAAGAGAGAACAAACACACAUGUUAAUUCUGUGUUACUACCUCAAUUGUUAGAAUAUUUCUGUAAAAAUCAAUACUGACCUUCUUAUACGUGAUUCUGUAAUAAAAAAUAGUUUUAUGAAA